GGCUUGUGGGUUUUAAUGCAUUCACUCUCUGUGAAGAUCGAGGAUGGAGAGAGCCAGUCUACAUUUACAUCUAUAUGUGAUUUUAUUCACAAGUUCUUUAUUUGCGAGGAGUGCCGUCAACAUUUUUAUGAGGUGUGUUCAAGUGUUAAAAGUCCAUUCAAAACAGCUCGUGACUUUGCCCUUUGGUUGUGGAGCGCUCAUAAUGAAGUCAAUCAGAGGCUAAUGAAGGAAGAAGCAUCUCUAAGACCCGGAGAUCCUAAGUUCCCAAAGAUUAUUUGGCCUCCGAAACAGCUUUGCUCUUUGUGUCAACUUUCCCUAGAUCCCAAGGAUAAAGAAAGCAGUCAGAUAGUGUGGAACCGGGACGAAGUGUUCAAGUUCUUAAUUAGUUAUUAUGGAAAUACGCUUGUAUCUUUCUACAAAGAAAAGGGUCUUCUAGGUGAAGAUGGAACCAAAGUUUUUGUGGAUGAUUCCUCGAAUAGUGCAGUUGCGGUGCCAGUUGGGGCUGCAUUGGCUAUUGCUCUUGCCAGCUGUAAAUUCGGAGCGCUUGCUUGCUCCUGGCGUUCUCAGCAGAAGAGUCGGAAGCCAAGGAGAAGCUGGAGUUAAGAUUACUAGAACAACAAAAAAUCACACACAAAUCCUUAAGAUGUCCCGUCGGAUGACUUCAAGCUCCGAGUAGAAAUCCGGAUUACAGCCUUAUACCCGUCUCAUUCGAGGUCCUAAUUUUUUUAUCAGUUUUCUACCUGAAUUUUGGGUUCCUAG